CGUCGACACGCCUACUACAAUGGCGCUUCCGGAGUGGACAGUGUAUUUACUUUGUAUUGCUUCAGUAUGUGGAGGAUUUUACAUCUGUCGUGUUUCUAAAUGCGCCAGAAAAAGUGCAUGGAAAAACAGCCGGAUCGCUAAACUGAUGGGUCGCACAGAGAAACCGCUUUUCUGGAUAGCGUAUUCUCUAUAUACACGGACCAAACUCGGGUACAUAUUUCAUAAGAGGCAGAUGAAGAAAGCACGGGAGCGGUACCCUGCCGGCCACUCCAAAACUCAACCUACUAUAAUAAACGGCAUCAAGAUCAUACCAGUGCCCAUCUUAUUAGACAAUUACAGCUAUGUGGUCAUUGACACUGCAUCAAAUAUGGCUGUUGUGGUUGAUCCCGCUGACCCUCAGCCUGUUCAGGCAUGUCUAGAGGAAGAGGGGGUGGAGCUACAAGCUGUUCUCUGCACACACAAGCACUGGGACCACAGUGGAGGGAACAGAGCUCUAAAGAGACGCUACAUGUCCUGUCGAGUGUAUGGGAACGCUAUGGACAACAUUCCAGGCCUUACACACCCCCUUUCAGACAAAGACACGAUAGAUUUUGGAACUCGGCUGCACUUCAGGGCCUUCUAUACCCCUGGCCACACAGUAGGUCACGUGAUCUACCUGCUUGAUGGCCGAGCGAUAGGUGGCCCCAGCAGCUUGUUUUCAGGGGAUCUGGUAUUCCUCUCUGGAUGUGGGAGAAUGUUUGAGGGCAAUGCCUCAACUAUGUUGUCCUCUCUGGAUACAGUGGGAUCACUGAACGAUGAAACUCUGCUUUGGCCUGGACAUGAGUAUGCUGAAGAUAACCUGAUGUUUGCUGCUGAACUGGAGCCUUGCAAUGUUGUACGGGAACAGAAGUUGCAGUGGGUUCUGCAACAGAGGGGUCAGAGACUCUGUACGUGUCCAUCCACCCUAGCAGAGGAGAAGCAAUACAAUCCCUUUCUGCGGAGCCACUCCCAGGAUCUUCACCGGGCUCUGGGUCUGCAGCAGAAGCAGGACGAGGACUGGACAUCAUAUCGCGCACGUGUUUUAGAGGAGCUGCGCAGACGGAAGGACAUUUAUAAGGACCGAUAAGGCUUUAAUCCACUGAUGACUGGAGGACGUGACCACUGAAACCAUUCCAAACUACUGCUCCCUACAUAUCAUUACCAAUACCGGGCUUUAUUAAAAGCACUUAUGUGAAUUUGAACAGUGACCUAAAGAAAAAAAAGAGUGAAGUAGACCUGGGCAUUAUUUUGUACACAAACAUAAUUUAUUUUAACACUAAGUAUUUGGUAGAAUUUGAAAGGCAUUAUCCU